AUGUGCACUCGAAGCCCAGAAGGCCAAUCAAAUCUCGCGGUGCAUCAAGAGAAGCGCAACCAGCAGGUCAAGGGAGGUGAUUCCGCACCUCUGCUCUUGCGAGACCCCACCGUCUACAAGUGUCAGAAACAUCACAAAACAGGAAAGAUGUUUGCAGCUUUAAAGUAUCACUCAACAGACUAUUUAUAUGAGAGCAUGGCAAGGCAAAAGUAUUCCAUCCGUAGAUUAUCACUUUGCUUUCCUCCCUGUUUCCAACAACAUGAAAAGUAUCGUCUGACUGGACUUUUUGCUCAUGCUCAGUACAGGAGGCCCUGGACAAGAAUUACUUCAACACAGAACAUGAUUGCUGUUUCAGUGUUGGAUCAAUGGAAGAAAAGUUCAUAUGUGGAGGAUUUCCUGGAAAAGAAACCUAUCAGUUCUAUAGGGUUCUGUGUCAAUAAUGAAGUAAUAGCAAGCUCAAAUCCCGUCUCUCAGAUUGACACAGAAACAUAUUAUUUACUCGAGAAAGUUGUUUGUGAGGAGGCAUCAACUCAAGAGAAAUAUUUGAAGAUCGACUGUGCUACUGAGCUUAAGGAACAGUGGCAAGAUCUACGUGUUGGAGAUGAAUUUGUUUUUGUUGAUAAUCUGAAAAACUAUCAUAAAAAACUUCCUAAUUUAUCUACACUUCUGGGCAGACUUAAAUUUUUUUGUGUGAGAGAUCCUUUUUUAGUUUCUGAAGGAGAGAAUUUAACAGAAGAGAAUAUUUUUAGGGAGUGUUUGACUUUCCAAAAUAAAAUAGAAAUGCGGGAGAGUAAGAAUGAAUUUCAGGGAAUUAUGGAGGACUUCUGUAAAACAACAUUAGAAGAUAAAGAGUAUUUCAUGUUGCCUUUUGAGUUAGAAUUCUGCAAAAGCAGCAACAGCAAAUCAGAGUCCAAUAAGAUUCCAUCACAUUUGAAAUUGAAGGAGUUACUAAAUUUAGCUCCAGAAAAUGUGGCUUUUGAAAAUAUGUGUGAAGAGGUAAUCGAAGAAGCUCUCAAAGAAAAAACUGCGAACAAAAUGGAAGUUGCCAAAUACUGUCCUAUUUCAGUGGUUAGCUCCAGUAACAGCAUGAGUAUGUUGGAAAUCUCUGACACAGCCAAGCACAUCUCAUAUCUGAAAGAUGAAAUGGAAGUACCUUUAACUCCUCUAUGCAAACAACGAAGAUCACAGGUGAAUUUUCUCUGCAUAGGACUUCAAGAAGAACUUAAUCCUCUUUUUGAUAACAGUAUUUUGAUUACAGAGCCCUCUAAGGAAUACUUAGACUCCUUGGUAUGGCAAUCAGAGAAGUACUGGGAUAAUGUGAACUCUCUUUUACUUGUCGAGUAUCAGAGCUUUAAACUUGAACAUCGGCACCGUUCUCUCACAGAGCUAAAGGAAAUGCUGUCAGUUGAUGUAGAAACACCAAUGUUUAUGUCACUUGAAAAGGACUGGUGGCUUCACAUGGGAUUAGAUCUGGUCUGUGUUGAUACUUUGGAGCAAUUUAAGAGGGAUUCCAAUAAUAAAAACAGUUUGUUUUCUACAGAAGUAGAAACAUUCACACAAUUUUCUAUACGUCAGUUAGAAAGAUGGCCUGAAGAAAAUGAUUCCAUGCCAGAUCAGGAAUUGCUUUCUAGUGAAAGAGGUCAGAUGGAUGAAGUAACUGAUCUUUGCAUGUCACCUCAGACCAAGAUGCAGCACUUUGGCCUGCCUAUAAAUGCUGCGUCUUCUCUCAAAAUAGACAAAACAAAUACACCUCUGGAAAACGUUACUGGAGGAAAUAUACAAAAGAGAAAGAUUGAAGAACCUGUUUAUUUCUUCAACCGAGAAGAGAAGAUAGACGUAUCACUUAUGUCUGUCAGUUGUAAAGAUACGCCUUUUAAACAACACAACUCUUCUGAGGGUCAAAACCUCACGUCGUUCACACUUGAUUCAAAAUGGGACAAUGAUGAUUCUGAUCUGAACAACUUUAUAAUGCUAAGGUGUAAACGCACAGUCACUCAAACACAGGAAAAAAAUGGUGUAGAUCAUCCUGAAAAAGUGCUACAGCCUGAAGAACUACAUUUAUCUGAUCACAAAGAAGACAGUUCUGUUUGUGAGCCUGCAAGAACAGAGAAAAAAGAGCAAGAGAAUGACAGCAGUGUCAUAGUCAAAAUUCAAGCAUCAGAAAGCCAGUGCCAGUCAUAUUGUCUGCUGAAGGGAGCAGCUACUUCUGCUUUAAAAGAUUUGACUCAUCUGGGUGUACUUGCUUCUGUAAGUUGGAGCUUUGACAGCGUUAAGUUUGAUCACACAAGAUUUUUCCUAAGACAACAGGAGAAGGUGAUAUGUGAUCGUUUUAAAGAAGGUAAAGUAGAUGAGAAAGAGAUCAUCCUGUUCAGGCAUGCUGCUCUGGUGCAUCUGCUGGUGACAUGUCGAGACCUUCUGUUAACAUGUGGCUUGGACACGGCACUAGGAUAUUUGUCUAAAGCAAAGGAUAUCUAUAAAAACAUCUUAGAAUCCUGUUUGAAUAAUACCUGGAGGCAGCUGAAGAUUGUACAGUACAGCAGCCAGAAAAAGCAUGAAUCCAGUCCGAGAUUAGCAGAGCUUCAGUGUCGACUGUUAGAUUGGAUGCAAACUUAUGCAGAGGAACAGAGUGUUAAGGUUAUGCUGAAAGGUUGUAAUGAGGACUCUCCGUCUUCUCUUCUCCGAGAUGAACAAGUCCAGCUUCUUAAAUCUUUCUUUGCAGGAGAGGUGCUCCAGCCCCCUGACCACCUUUGUAGCCCUCAUCUGGAUUCACCCCAACAUCUCCAAGUCCUUGUGCUGGGGGCCUCAGACUUGGACUUGGUAUUCAGGAUACUAAUCAUACUAAGAAUGGACUCUGAGAGAGAAAAGGCAGUUCUCAUUCACACUGUAUCUAGACUAGAAGGUUUAAAAGCCAUUGAUUUGAAUUCUGAGAAAAAAGGAAACAUUCUGGGAUAUAGAGAUAUCGUCACCAAUAGAUAUGCCUGUGUUAUUAUACAAAAUCAGAACAUUGGAGCUGACUUCCCCUGGAGACUCUUCUCAUUAGUGAUAGAAUAUGAUUAUUCUGAAAACUCUUGCUGGAAAAAACUGUGUGAAAAUCUAAAUAUUGCAUACAUGACUUUUAAAACCAUCCUCCCUGAAACAGUACAAAUGGGAAAUCACUGUGGUUCUUCUCUUCUGGAGAUACAGAUUCCUUAUGUGUUUCUCACCACUGAAGGUCUUCUUAAUAUGCCAGAUUUUCUUCAGCUUUUGGAAUCUCACUACAGCAUUACUUUUGUUGAAAGAAGCUGCAGUUACUCCUUGAGGCUACUUGGAGAUACAGACCGAUAUGUUGUGUUGACAGUAGAUGAACGUACUGCUAUCUUCUUGCAGAAUAUGGAUGAGUUAAACCAUGAGAAGUCCUGCGACAAUGUAAUAUCGAAGCUGAUAGCAUUAUCACUCCAAUAUACAUGCUGUUGGGUUGUUUUCUACUCCAGAGAAAGACUGAGUUUGGAGUACAGUCUCAGCGGAGAUACUCUUCUCAGCCUUGUCUUAAUUUAUGCCAAUUUGAUAGAAUUUACACAGAAGUCAGAAGACUUUGAAGUGAAGGUAGUUCUUACACCAGGGAUUGAAGAGGCAGCACUGUUAAUUCGUCAAAUAGCUGACAACAUUUUGAUGACAUCUAGUUUCAGUCCCCAUGAAUGGCUGGACAAAUCUUGGCUUUCUGUCUUGCCAUCUGAGAUGGAGAAAUGCUUGCUUGCUUUUCCUUGUAUCAACCCUCUGGUUGCUCAGCUGAUGCUAAAGAAGGAAUCUUCUUUGAACAGGCUCUUUCUGGCAAGCUAUGAUCAACUUCAGGAAUUACUACCAGAGGUUCCAAAAAAAGUUCUAAAGCAUUUUAGUGACAUUACCUCUUCGUACAGCACAAAUGCUGCUGCGCCACUGAAAACAACAGUGAAACGUUCAUCACCUCCAGAAAACUGGAAUACCUUUAGAAGACUCUAUCCAGAUUGUAAGCAAAAUUCUCAGUCUUUAGAGUUGCUAGCUAAGGCACAAACCAGCACAGGGCCAUCUCAUGUGAAUUCUGAAGCCUCGUUUCUUCCAUUGAAACAUAAUCAAAGUUUUAUCAACUCUGACCUUUCAAGCUAUAUGCAUGAGAGACCAUGUUUUUCAGAAGUAGCUCCAGAGAGAAAACAGAAUUUCUUUGUUGUACCAAAGGGCAGUGAAGAUUUUGAUCGUCUAAAUGCUAUGAAUUCUUUUUACAUUAAAGGUCAGGCGUUCAGGACACACUGUAUCUCUGAUCAUUCCUCCAAAAAUUCUGAAGAAGAUUUCUUUACAACUUUCAGUGACUGUGUACCUCCUGACAGCUCUACAGCUUUUCUGGAAGAAUUUAGAGGCACAGCAUUUAAGAGCCCAGAAAUUCAGAUACGGAAUGACUUUUCAUCCACUUGCACAUACAAUUCAUUUGCACCUAGCUUAAUUCAUUCUGAUUCCCUUGUUGAUCCAGAUGAAAUUCAAAUUCUGUGUUUCCAAAACCAAGAUCGAGAACUUUCAGGAAACAGAAAGCAAAGUCCACCAUUCUUAUGGGCAAAAGGAAAAAAAAUACCAGAUUUGGGACUUGAAGAAGUACCAAGAAUUAAAAAGAGGAGAUUGAUGUAUGAAAGAGUACCUGGAAGAGCUGAUGGACAAACACGUCUUAAAUUCUUUUGAAUUAAAUAGCGACUUGCAUGCCACAUCUUUUUUUUUUCUUCUUCUUCCCAAUCCUUAAACCAUUUGAGUGGAAAUUUAUUACAUUUUUGUUGUUGUUGUUCAUUU